UUUAUUUCAGCGAAGGCGAGACAGAGAGGGCUGCCAAGGUAGAGGCGUUCCCUAGAGAACUGUAGCUUGACUUAGCGGCAGUUGGGUAGGAAGUUGGAAGGCUCUAGUGAGCUCGUGCCCACCCGUGCCAUCAUCUACCUCCCAUCAAUCUGGAGCCUCAGCGACACGUCUCCCCAGGCAGCUGCGCCCACCUGGCUCCAGAGGCCACCCUGAUGGCGGAGCCUCGCUUCAACAACCCCUACUUCUGGCCGCCCCCCCCCACCAUGCCCAGCCAGCUGGACAACCUGGUCCUGAUCAACAAAAUCAAGGAGCAGUUGAUGGCGGAGAAGAUCCGCCCCCCACACCUGCCCCCCACCUCGGUGGCCUCCCAGCAGCCCCUCCUGGUGCCCCCCUCGCCCGCCGAGAGCAGCCAGUCCAUCAUGUCCCUGCCCAAGCUGCAGCAGGUGCCGGGGCUGCACCCCCAGGCCGUGCCCCAGCCUGACGUGGCCCUGCACGCCCGGCCGGCUACCAGCACCGUCACAGGGUUGGGGCUGGCGUCCCGCGCGCCCGCCGUCAGCACCUCGGAGUCCAGCCCGGGAACCGGGACCACCACGCCCUCGACCCCCACCUCCACCAGCCAGAGCCGCCUCAUCGCCUCCUCGCCCACCCUAAUCUCAGGAAUCACCAGCCCCCCCCUCCUCGACUCCAUCAAGACAAUCCAGGGCCACGGCUUGCUGGGAGCGCCCAAGGCCGAGCGGGGCCGCAAGAAGAUCAAGGCGGAAAACCCGUCGGGCCCGCCCGUCCUGGUGGUGCCCUACCCCAUCCUGGCCUCGGGGGAGACGGCCAAAGAGGGCAAGACGUACAGGUGUAAGGUCUGCCCCUUGACGUUCUUCACCAAGUCGGAGAUGCAGAUCCACUCCAAGUCGCACACGGAGGCCAAGCCCCACAAGUGCCCCCACUGCUCCAAGUCCUUCGCCAACGCCUCCUACCUGGCCCAGCACCUGCGGAUCCACCUGGGCGUCAAACCCUACCACUGCUCCUACUGCGAGAAGUCCUUCCGCCAGCUGUCCCACCUCCAGCAGCACACCCGAAUCCACACCGGCGACAGACCCUACAAGUGCCCCCACCCCGGCUGCGAGAAGGCCUUCACCCAGCUCUCCAACCUCCAGUCCCACCAGCGCCAGCACAACAAGGACAAGCCCUACAAGUGCCCCAACUGCUACCGGGCCUACACGGACUCGGCCUCGCUGCAGAUCCACCUGUCUGCCCACGCCAUCAAACACGCCAAGGCCUAUUGCUGCAGCAUGUGCGGCCGUGCCUACACCUCGGAGACCUAUCUGAUGAAGCACAUGUCCAAGCACACGGUGGUGGAGCACCUGGUCAGCCAGCACUCGCCGCAGCGCACGGAGUCCCCCGGCAUUCCCGUACGGAUCUCCCUCAUCUAAGCGGGGAGGGGGGUGGCAGCAGGACCCCCCCAGCACGAGGAGGAGGAGGAGGAGGAGGAGGACGAGCCCCCCUGGCGCCGCGGGCCGUGCCCCCGCAGGUUUGGUGACACCCAAAGACGGUUUCAGAGCACUUUGAAUCUCUGCGGUUUGGUUUU